AGUAUUGUUGACAUUUUGCGGUGGUACGCAUUGAACGAAUUUUUGCGGUGGUUUUUUGAGAAGUUUUCUAUUAAAAUUAAUAUAAAUACAUAAACUUAUUUAUAUUUUUCAUAAUAGUCAUCAUGUCUAUUGAAAUCGAAUCAGCUGAUGUUAUUCGACUUAUACAGCAAUAUUUAAAAGAAUCUAAUUUAUUUAAAACGUUGCAAACACUACAAGAAGAGACUGGUGUUUCAUUGAAUACCGUGGACAGUGUAGAUGGCUUUGUGCAGGAUAUUGUAAAUGGUCACUGGGACACUGUGCUAAAAGUAACGCAGUCUUUGAAAUUACCUGACAAGAAGCUCCUUAAUCUAUAUGAACAAAUUGUACUUGAAUUAAUUGAAUUACGUGAAUUGGGUGCAGCUCGAUCAUUGCUUAGGCAGACUGAUCCUAUGAUUAUGCUAAAACAGCACGAACCUGAGCGCUAUAUACAUUUAGAAAAUAUGCUUCAGCGUGCAUAUUUCGAUCCGAGAGAAGCAUAUCCAGAAGGCAGUAGUAAAGAGAAACGACGAGCAGUCAUAGCUCAAGAGUUAAGUGGUGAAGUACAUGUGGUGCCGUCGUCGCGUUUGUUAGCAUUGCUAGGUCAAGCCUUGAAAUGGCAACAACAUCAAGGUCUUUUACCGCCGGGUACUACAAUCGAUUUAUUCCGUGGUAAAGCAGCAAUGAAAGAUCAGGAAGAAGAAAUGUUCCCAACCCAAAUGUUCCGACAAAUUAAAUUUGGCCAGAAAUCUCAUGUGGAAUGCGCACAGUUCUCGCCGGAUGGUCAAUAUUUAAUAACAGGCAGUGUCGAUGGUUUCCUUGAGGUUUGGAAUUUCACCACAGGUAAAAUACGCAAAGAUCUAAAAUAUCAGGCUCAGGACCAGUUUAUGAUGAUGGAGCAAGCGGUGUUGGCAUUAUCAUUUUCACGAGACUCCGAAAUGAUAGCUUCUGGUGCACAGGAUGGACAAAUAAAAGUCUGGCGCAUUAUUACAGGACAAUGUUUAAGGAAAUUUGAAAAAGCACACACAAAAGGCAUUACCUGUUUGCAGUUCUCGCGUGAUAACAGUCAAGUGCUUAGCGCUUCCUUUGAUUACAGUUUACGAUUACAUGGCCUAAAAUCUGGGAAAAUGCUAAAAGAGUUCAAAGGUCAUACUUCGUUUGUAAAUGAGGCAACAUUUACGCCAGAUGGACAUAACAUACUCAGCGCCUCAUCGGAUGGUACAGUGAAAAUUUGGUCAUUAAAAACUACCGAAUGUAUUUCUACCUAUAAGCCAUUAGGCAACGAGCUGGCUGUGAAUACAGUAUUAAUAUUACCGAAGAAUCCGGAACAUUUUAUUGUUUGCAAUCGCUCGAAUACUGUGGUCAUUAUGAAUAUGCAGGGUCAGAUUGUGCGUUCAUUCUCAUCAGGUAAACGUGAAGGCGGUGCUUUCAUUUCGGCGACUAUCUCACCCCGUGGUGAAUUCAUUUAUUGUGCCGGUGAGGAUCAAGUACUGUACUGUUUUUCGGUAACGUCUGGCAAAUUAGAACGUACGCUUAAUGUACACGAAAAAGAUGUCAUUGGCCUAGCGCAUCAUCCGCACCAAAACUUGCUGGCCACUUAUGGUGAAGAUGGUCUGCUUAAAUUGUGGAAGCCAUAAAUAUAGUAAUAGAUUGUAAAUUAUAAAAUAGUCAUAUAAUUGCUAUGAGAUGUAGUAUUUAAAACAAUAAAAUAAAAACCAAAUGAAAUUA